AUGUUGCGUUUCGGAAUUAUAUUUUCACUUCUAGUUUUGAGUACUUUAGCCAUUGAAAAUGGCACUGAAGAUAGUACCCUAUUGACAAUAUUUGAUAAUGUUCUAGCAACAAAAUCUGAGGUGGCUGCUGUGCGUGCAGAGCAAGCGCGCCAGGCAGCGAUUUUGGAGGGCUUGAACCAAAACCUAAAAGCAUUUGUGACCAAUGAAUAUCCUGCCAACUGCGCCGAGUCAUCAAACAGCAGCAAUCCAUUGAUCCGUGUGCCCGGGUACAGUGCGUACCCCUUUGAGGUGACCUGCGAUCAGGAGAGUCACGGUGGCGGUUGGACUGUGAUUCUGCGACGAAGCGAUGGAAGCCAGGACUUUUUCCUCGAAUGGAAGGACUACAAGAAAGGGUUUGGCCGCCUGGACAGCGAGUUCUUCAUCGGGCUGGACAAAAUGCAUGCGUUGACGGCAGCGGAGCCCCAGGAACUCCUGGUCCUGCUGGAGGAUUUCAACGGCAACCAGGCCUACGUGCUGUACGACAACUUUAGCGUUGGUCCCGAGAGCAACAACUACACCCUGGAAUCGGUGGGAUCGUUUUCUGGAGAUGCCGGCGACUCACUCACCUAUCACUUGAACAGCCAGUUCAGCACCAAGGAUCGCGACAACGGGAUAACGAAAGGCGGCUGCGCAAAUUAUGCCAAAGGUGCAUGGUGGUAUUACAAUUGCCUUGACAGGUAAGCCAUUAAUUUCUGCUAUAAAAUUAUAAAAGUACAACAUUUAGCACUUCACUGGUAAAUAAAAACGUAGUUACUGCAAGUAUCUUCAACUGAAUUUAAACAUAUUUCGCUUAGAUUUUUAACCGUGUCGGCUAAAGUUAAUAUUUAGCUUGACUUUUUUCGGAAGAAAUAUUAAC